AUGGCUACGAAACCAAAGAUCUUGCCAGAGGAAGGCAAACGAAACAUCCUCAUCACUUCGGCGUUGCCGUACGUCAAUAAUGUCCCGCAUCUGGGCAACAUAGUGGGCUCCGUCCUCAGCGCCGACGUCUUCUCGCGCUACAACAAGGCUCGUGGCCGACCGACAUUAUACGUCUGCGGCACCGACGAAUAUGGCACAGCGACCGAAACACAGGCACUGAAGGAGGGUGUCAGCCCAGAGGCACUGUGCGCAAAAUACAACAAGAUCCACGCCGAGAUCUACGAGUGGUUCGAGAUUGGCUUCGACAUCUUUGGACGAACUCCGACGCGGCAACACACAGAGAUCUCACAAGCAAUAUUCAAACAGCUGCACGAGAAAGACUUCCUCGUGGAGCACACAAACACACAGCCAUUCUGUGAAAAGCAUGGCAAGUUUCUCGCAGAUCGCUUCAUCGAGGGCACGUGCCCCAAGUGCGGCUACGAUGAUGCGCGGGGAGAUCAGUGCGACAACUGCGGCACUCUGAUUGAUCCGCUCGAGCUCAUCAAGCCGCGCUGCAAGGUCGAUGGAGCCACACCAGUUGUCAGAGAGACCAAGCACCAGUACCUGCGGUUAGACGUGCUGCAAGAAAAGGUGGAUGAGUGGGCCCGAAAGUCGAUCAAGAAAGGCGGGUGGUCGAGAAAUGCGGCAGUCAUCACAGAGUCGUGGCUGAAGCAAGGUCUGAAAGAGCGAGGCAUCACAAGAGAUCUGCAGUGGGGUGUCCCUGUACCGUUACCAGGCUACGACAACAAGGUCUUCUAUGUCUGGUUCGAGGCCUGCAUCGGCUAUCCUUCUAUCACCGCCAACUACACCGAAGACUGGAAGAAAUGGUGGCACAAUCCCGAACAGGUAAGCCUGUACCAAUUCAUGGGCAAAGACAACGUCCCAUUCCACUCCGUCGUCUUCCCAGCAUGUCAAAUCGGCACUGGGGACAAUUGGACACAACUCCACCACCUCUCCGCAACAGAAUAUCUCAACUACGAAGACGGCAAAUUCAGCAAAAGCAGAGGCAUCGGCGUCUUCGGCAACAACGCCAAAGACACAGGCGUGCCAGCUGACGUCUGGCGCUACUAUCUCCUUAAGAACCGACCAGAGUCAAGCGACACACAAUUCGGCUGGGACGCCUUCGUCGACGGCAACAAUACCGAACUCCUCGCCAAGCUGGGCAAUUUUGUCAACCGCGUAGUGAAGCUCGUCAACUCGCCCAAAGCCUAUUCCGGUGUCAUCCCAGACUUCGACCCGUCCAACCUCCCCGAAUCAUUUGACUCCCACCUCAAAGAUAUCACCGAACAAAUCCAACAAUACCUCAGCGAAAUGGAAGCCGUCAAGCUCCGCCAAGGCCUCGCCACCGCCAUGCGAAUCGCCGAAGCAGGUAACGGCUUGAUCCAAGCACAUCGACUAGACAAUGCACUCAUCGCUAGCGAUCCCAAACUGGCUGGCGCUGUAGUCGGCACCGUCAUCAACCUCAUCCUGCUGUGCUCCGCUGUAUUCGAGCCCUACCUCCCCGCAACCUGCGCUUCGAUCCGAAAACAGCUCAACUCGGAUUUCCUCUUAAUCCCCUCGGAGGAAGACAUCGCGAGUGGUUGGAAGCCAACAUACAUCAAACCCGGCCACAAGAUCGGCCAAGCUGAGUAUCUGUUCAAGACAAUUGACGAGAAGAAGAAAGUCGAGUGGAAGGAGUACUAUGGCGGUAAUCAGGCUGAGCGUGAGGCAAAGAAGGCAGAAGAGGCGAAGAAGGCUGCAAAGAAGGCCGCAGAUAAAGAGAGAGCUAAAGCGAAGAAGGCGGCAAAGAAGCAGGCCGGCGCCGGCUCGGGCGAGGGUAGUGUCGAACAGAGCGCAAAGGGAGGCCCGGAUACGGCUGCAGCCAACGGUGUUGACGGUGACGUGGUCGACAAGGUUGUGGAUGGUGUAGCACAGGUCACGAUACCUACCUCGUGA